UAACACUCAGGCACAGAAUUACUAAAUUUUGUGGUGUACGUUUGUCGUGGUGUCUCUGUUCCUCUGCGUUUCGCAUUACACUCUAACCAAACUUAAACUCAUCAAAAAUGGCUCCUCCAUCAUACAGCGAUUUGGGCAAACAGGCUCGCGACAUCUUCAGCAAAGGCUACAACUUCGGCCUGUGGAAGCUCGAUCUGAAGACCAAGACCUCGUCGGGCAUUGAGUUCAACACAGCCGGACACUCCAACCAGGAGUCUGGAAAGGUCUUCGGCUCCCUGGAGACCAAGUACAAGGUCAAGGACUACGGCCUGACCCUCACCGAGAAGUGGAACACAGACAACACCCUGUUCACCGAGGUUGCUGUCCAGGAUCAGCUCCUCGAGGGUCUGAAGCUGUCCCUGGAGGGCAACUUCGCUCCUCAGUCUGGAAACAAGAACGGCAAGUUCAAGGUUGCCUACGGCCAUGAGAACGUCAAGGCCGAUUCGGAUGUGAACAUUGAUCUGAAGGGCCCCUUGAUCAAUGCCUCUGCCGUGCUUGGCUACCAGGGAUGGUUGGCCGGCUACCAGACCGCAUUUGACACACAACAGUCCAAGCUGACCACCAACAACUUUGCCCUUGGCUACACCACCAAGGACUUUGUUCUGCACACAGCUGUCAACGAUGGCCAGGAGUUCAGCGGCUCGAUCUUCCAACGCACUUCGGACAAGCUGGAUGUGGGUGUGCAGCUGUCGUGGGCCAGCGGCACCAGCAACACCAAGUUCGCCAUCGGCGCCAAGUACCAGCUGGAUGAUGAUGCCAGCGUGCGCGCCAAGGUGAACAACGCCAGCCAGGUGGGUCUGGGCUACCAGCAGAAGCUGCGCGACGGAGUCACCCUGACCCUGUCCACGCUGGUCGAUGGCAAGAACUUCAAUGCCGGCGGCCACAAGAUCGGUGUGGGUCUGGAGCUGGAGGCCUAAGUCCAUGGUUUUCCGCUAGUCGUGGAAUCCUUGAACGUUGUCUAACAUCCCCACACGCCCAACAACAACAACAAUAACAACAGCAGCCAGACAAGUGCAGAAACAACAACAAGAUCAAACAAAAUAAAAGAUACGAUAUUCUUCAAAAACAAACAACACACAGUCAAAUAUAACGAGAAUCUGCACAUCUUAACGAUUCGAUUGGAUUGGAUUAGUUGUCAGCCGGCCAUCACCACAUCUGCCCACUCCCUGCCCCAGCCACGCGAAUCUGCAGGAGAGACACUGCCAAACAAACGAUGCAGGGGGAUGGAUGGGUGGUGCAAUCGAUGGGUCGGUCAGGUUAGUCCGUCGUCGUUGGAUGUAGCUUUGAUUAGUGCAUUGAAUAUUAGCGAAAUUGUUGUUGACAAAAGUGCAGUAAAAUACAUUUACCUAUUAAACAAAAAAACAAAAUGGAAAAGGAAUAUUAUGGCUCAAAAGGCUUUGCAUUUGUUUCAGUUCUCAAGGCUUUACGGAUUGCCUGCAAAAUCCUGCGGCGAAACUAGGACACACGUAACACCAAAACCACAUCCUUAAUAACAAUCUUUACCUUUUCGUUGUGCAUUUACCUGAGAAA